AUGAGUGAAAGUGAGGGCGAAGAAAAGUGUGGUGUUUCGACGCCAAAGAAGAAACGCGUUGAAAGAGGCGAUUUAAAAGUGAAGGAAAAACAUAGACAACAAAAAUAUAGAGUCGAAUGGCAAUGUGAUCCAAAAUUUUGUAAGUGGCUUACUCGUGAUCCUCAAGAUAAUUUCAAAUCACGAUGUAAAGAAAAUAACACUGUUAAGUUGGCGCGAGUGGCUGAAGUCAAGCUUGCUGCUUAUUUUGCAGAACAUAAUAUAGCUUUUAAUUCUGCUGACCACCUUGGCAAAGUAUUAAAAGAAUGUUUUACAGAUUUAAAAAUUUUAAAAGAAACUACUAUUACACGAAAAAAGACUGCAAAAAUCAUAUAUAACGGCAUCGGUCCAGAGCACAAAGAAGAAUUAGCGAACAAAUUAAAAACGUCUAAUUCAGCGUUA